CUCUCAAAGUUUAGGAAGAGAGUAUAUGCAUCAAGAGAGCCCCCCCAAUGUAUCAACCACAUAUUGACAUAUAAAUAGGCCACUACUAUAUCAAGGAUAAGCCUAUUCAUAAAACACAACACAACACACACAAGAAGUGUAUGUGAUGUUGUGUACUUUUACUUAAUCAAUUACUUUAUCUCUUUUCUUUUGAAUGAAGAACCAAAACCAACCAUGAAGAAGGGCUACACCGAGCCCAGGUCAAGCUCAUCUUGCGCGGCCUGCAAGCUACUCAAGCGACGGUGCAGCCCUAGCUGCAUAUUCGCCCCACACUUUCGAGCCGACGAGCCUAAGAAGUUUGCCAAAGUCCAUAAAGUGUUUGGAGCCAGUAAUGUGAGUAAGAUCCUUAAUGAAGUCCCUGAGGAGCACCGUGAGGAUACUGUCAACUCUUUAUCAUACGAGGCCGAGGCUCGCCUUCGUGAUCCGGUCUAUGGGUGUAUUGGUGCUAUUGCGCUCUUGCAAAGAAGGAUGAUCCAGCUCCAGCAUGAUCUUGCCCUCGCCCGUGCUCGAUUAGCUCAGUACAAGGCUAAUAAUGUUACUGCUAGUAGUAAUACUGAUAACGGUUUCUUUGGUUUGGGCGAUCAUAAUGUUAGUAUAAUUCAUAUGAAUUUAUGUAGCGAAGGUUUAAUAAGUUCAGACCAGUUCAGCCAAAAUGACAGUGGAGCUUAUAAUUCUACUGACUUUGGUCAAGUUCCUGAUCUUCUUCCUUUGUGAUCAUUCAUGUAAUUAAAUGUAAAUCUAUAUAUUUAUCAAUCUUUCAAAGGUCUAUUUUAGACUUAACUUAAAUAUGUCCUAUUUAACUUGUUCCAUCCCUUCCAUGGUUAUUUCAGGCCUUAAAAUAUAAUUGUACCUCCGAUUUUUUUC